CUCCUCCUCCUCCGUCCCCGUGCCCUGCGGCGGGCUCGGAGCAUGGCGCUGCCGCGGCUCCUGCGGGCAGCAGCACCGCGGCUCUACAGCACCGUCCCGGCCCCGGCCCCGCUCUCGGUCUCGGUGCCGGCAGGCAGCCGGCCCCGCGCUGACGAUGACAAGCUGCUGACAGAGCCUCUCAACCACCCCGACUUCUUCAGCGUGAAGGAGCUCUUCACCCUGAAAGAUCUCUUUGAUGCUCGGGUGCACCUGGGCCACAAAAAGGGAUGUCGGCACAGGUUCAUGGAGCCCUACAUCUUCGGCUGCCGCCUGGACCAGGACAUCAUCGACCUGGAUCAGACCAUGCAGCACCUGCAGCUGGCCCUCAACUUCACAGCCCACGUGGCCUACCGAGGGGGCAUCAUCCUCUUCGUCAGCCGCCGGCGCCAGUUCUGCCACCUGGUCGAGAGCACGGCGCGGGCGUGCGGGGAGUACGCGCACACCCGCUACUGGCAGGGCGGGCUCCUCACCAACGCCCACAUCCAGUUCGGCCCCGGCGUGCGCCUGCCCGACCUCCUCAUCUUCCUCAGCACCCUCAACAACGUCUUCGAGCCGCACGUGGCCAUCCGCGACGCGGCCAAGAUGAACAUCCCCACGGUCGGCGUGGUGGACACGAACUGCAACCCGUGUUUGAUCACCUACCCCAUCCCCGGCAAUGACGACAGCCCCGCGGCCGUGGAGCUCUACUGCAGGCUCUUCAGGAUGACCAUCAUCCGUGCCAAGGACAAGAGGCGGCAGAGCGAGGCCGUGGAGGAGCUGCAGAGAAAAGCCCAGGGCAAGUAGAGCCCCAGGGAUGGGCUCGGUGCCUCUGCUCCGCUCCACGGGGCUGGCUCUGCAUCCAGCACUGCUGUCGGCACAGCUGGCUGGUGGGGAGGGGACCCCCAGCCCUGUGCACGGUGAUCCCACUGCCAUGGAGGGUUUCCAGAUCCAAAAAAUUGUCCAGAGCAAUGCAAGGGAAAAUGGAGCCAGACUCCUGUUCCUUGAGUUUGUCACUGUUGCAGGGAGUGCCACUGUCCUGUGGCUUUCCUGAGCUCAUGAUCUCACCUGAAACCACUUGUAUCUUAUGUCUGUUCUUAGUAAAUAAAGGGAUUUAUCCUUGUGA